CGUCAAUGGGGGGCCGGAGCCCCCUCCGCCACCUCAGAGAGCCGUUAAAACCCUUCGGGAGCCCUACGGCUACUACCCGCCCCCCCCUUUUGUCAGCACCAUGUAUGUUGAAGAAAGCCCUUCUCUGAGGCGGAUGACGAUGAUGAGGGAGAAGGGCAGGCGCCAAGGCCAUCAGGGGCCCGCGUUCAUGUUCAACAACAGGGGCACCAGUCUGACGGCUGAGGAGGAGCGGUUCCUGGAUGCCGCUGAGUACGGGAACAUCCCCGUGGUGCGCAAAAUGCUGGAGGAGUCCAAAACACUGAAUGUCAACUGUGUUGACUACAUGGGCCAAAACGCCUUGCAGCUUGCGGUAGGGAAUGAACAUUUGGAAGUGACAGAACUUCUGUUAAAAAAAGAGAACUUGGCACGAAUCGGAGAUGCCCUGCUGCUCGCAAUCAGCAAGGGUUACAUUAGGAUAGUGGAAGCAAUUUUGAAUCAUCCUGGGUUUUCAGUAAAUAAGCGACUGACUCUGAGCCCUUGUGAGCAGGAGCUUCAGGAUGAUGAUUUUUAUUCCUAUGAUGAAGACGGUACCCGCUUUUCUCCAGAUAUCACUCCCAUCAUUUUAGCUGCCCACUGCCAAAAGUACGAAGUUGUACACAUGCUGUUGAUGAAAGGAGCAAGGAUAGAAAGACCUCAUGAUUACUUCUGCAAAUGUAAUGACUGUACAGAGAAGCAAAAGCAUGAUUCUUUCAGUCACUCUAGGUCCAGAAUAAAUGCAUACAAAGGACUGGCUAGUCCAGCUUAUCUGUCCCUCUCCAGUGAGGAUCCAGUACUCACCGCUCUAGAGCUCAGCAAUGAACUUGCCCAAGGUUGUAAUUACUUUCAUUCUGCCUUUCAGCUUGGAAGAAUUCUUCGAAGUCCAUUUAUGAAGUUUGUGGCACAUGCAGCAUCCUUCAUUAUUUUCCUAGGCCUGCUGGUGUUCAAUGCUUCAGACAGAUUUGAAGGCAUAACAACACUACCCAAUGUCACUGUUACUGAUUACCCUAAGCAGAUCUUUAGGGUGAAAACUACACAGUUUACCUGGACAGAAAUGCUGAUCAUGGUGUGGGUACUGGGUAUGAUGUGGUCAGAAUGCAAAGAGCUGUGGCUGGAAGGACCCAGGGAAUAUAUUUUGCAGUUAUGGAAUGUUUUGGAUUUUGGGAUGCUGUCCAUUUUCAUUGCAGCUUUCACAGCGAGGCUUCUGGCAUUCCUGCAGGCCACAAAAGCACAACAAUAUGUGGACAAUCACAUUAAGGAAAGUGAUCUCUCAGAGGUCACACUUCCUCCAGAAAUAGAGUAUUUUACUUAUGCUAGAGAUAAAUGGCUCCCAUCUGAUCCUCAGAUAAUAUCUGAAGGCCUUUAUGCAAUUGCAGUGGUUCUGAGCUUUUCUCGGAUUGCAUAUAUCCUGCCUGCAAAUGAGAGUUUUGGGCCCUUGCAAAUUUCACUUGGAAGGACUGUUAAGGAUAUCUUCAAGUUUAUGGUCCUUUUUAUUAUGGUAUUUCUCGCAUUUAUGAUUGGAAUGUUCAUACUGUAUUCCUACUACCUUGGAGCUAAACUAAACCCAGCCUUUACAACAGUAGAAGAAAGUUUCAAGACGUUAUUUUGGUCAAUAUUUGGCUUGUCUGAAGUAACCUCUGUUGUUCUCAAAUACGAUCAUAAGUUCAUAGAGAAUAUUGGAUAUGUUCUUUAUGGCAUAUACAACGUAACAAUGGUGGUAGUUCUGCUCAACAUGCUGAUUGCUAUGAUCAACAGUUCAUAUCAAGAAAUUGAGGAUGACAGUGAUGUAGAGUGGAAGUUUGCUCGUUCUAAACUUUGGUUAUCAUAUUUUGAUGAUGGAAAAACAUUACCUCCACCAUUCAGUCUUGUACCAAGCCCCAAAUCUUUCUUCUAUUUCAUCAUGAGGAUCAUCAACUUUUUUAAGUGCAGGAGGAGACGGCUACAGAAGGAUAUUGAAAUGGGAAUGGGCAAUUCCAAAUCUCGGUUAAACCUUUUCACUCAGUCGAACUCCAGAGUUUUUGAAUCACACAGUUUUAACAGCAUUCUCAAUCAGCCAACACGCUAUCAGCAAAUAAUGAAAAGACUGAUAAAACGUUACGUUCUGAAAGCACAAGUGGAUAAAGAAAAUGAUGAAGUAAAUGAAGGUGAACUGAAGGAAAUCAAACAGGACAUCUCCAGUCUUCGCUAUGAACUUCUGGAGGAUAAAUCCCAAGCAACAGAAGAAUUAGCAAUUUUAAUACACAAACUCAGUGAGAAACUAAAUCCUAAUAUGUUGAGAUGUGAAUGAUUCAACAAAGGAACCGU